AUGACGGGCUCAAGAUUUAAGGAACAAAGACUAGGCCAGAGGUUAGUUUCAGAAACUUUGAGGGCUGUACCAAAACAGUUACAUAAAUUAGCAAAACCAGUGGGCCAAAGGUUGGAUGAGGUCACGGGCUCCCAAUGGCUUCAUGCCACUGGAAUAAGAGUACAGCCACUUGUGACCACAUCAAUCAGCUUUUCGAGUGGGGCCCUGGCACAGGGCCUGAUCUUGGCCUAUGACUUCGCCCAACAGCUGCAGGAAAUUAUUGACACUUCCUUUGCCUCCCUGGAUGUUCUCCACAAGAUAAAACCUGCUGACUGCUCCAUGUGGGAGCACUAUAUUUUCCCAGGUAUUUGUAUCAGUAGCAGCCCCAUAUGCCAGUUCACAGACCAACAGUUAAAACCAAGUGGUACAAUAGUGGCUUUCAACCUCUAUACAUCUGCAUACCGGCACCAAUAUGUGAUUGCUGCAGGCGUCCUGCGUCUCAGCAAUUUUAGUGGGGUGGAGUCCUUCAUGAGAAGAAAGCGGGAACAUGAAGCGGCCGAAGGGGAUAAUGUGGAAAAAAUGAGCACACACACAGGCGAGAGCUGCCUCCCUCCUCCCCGCCCUGCAACCUUAUGCCGCAAUACCUUCACACUUGGCACGGAUGCCCUCCCCGCCCGGGCCAUUUGGGAGCAGCACGCGCUCACGCCCGGCCCGCCGCGCUCUCACGCGCAGCCUUUUUGUUUACGCGGCCCGGCUGGGAAAUGGGGAGGCGGCGGGGGUAUAAAGGGGCGCUCGGGACGGCAGGGCCACGGUCUCAGGCUGGGCCUGAGUUGGCAGCCAAGCAGGUCGCCCCAUGGACCAGGCGCAGCUCCCGGAGCCCCGAGAAGGCGAGCACAGUCGCCCCCUUCUGCCAACCGCACCCCGAAGCCCGAGCCGGAGCUCGGAGGCGCACUCGGGGUACCGCAAUUCCCUCCCCUCUCCGCGCCCCGCGUUCCUCUCCUUCUCCUCCUUCUGAUCCACCCGUGCUCCCCCAGCAGGUCUGCCAGUUUCUGGAGGCCCUGGUUGGACACCCCUGGGUUCGCCGAGGGUCCAGCGCCGCCGGAGAUGCCCAUGGGUCCUGGGGUGAGCGGAGACGCGGGAAAGGUUUGCCUGUACAGACACCCUGUCAGACUAUUGUGGCCAAAAUCAAAGUGCUAUGAUUACUUAUAUCAAGAAGCAGAAGCUCUACUAAAAAACCUUCCAAUUCAAGCCACAAUUUCUUUUUAUGAAGAUGAUGAUAGUGAAGAUGAAAUUGAGGAGCUGAUUUAUGAGAAUGAAUCUGAUUAGUUACUAUAUAUAACAUUCAAAACAUGUAAGAUUUAAAUUUAAUGUAUAAAUAUAUCAUAAUACUUUUAAGUAAUAUAUGUGUACAUAAUUUAUUAAUAAAAUGAACUAUUUUAUAAUA